AUGGUGCGGCACUUCCCCUCGUUCUUCCUCGCAUUGAACGAGGCGGAGCGCGUGCCGUUUGCUCGACACGCGAAACGCAUGUUCCGGUACUUCGUGAUCUACCACAAGCGAUUGGGGGAGACUCAGCGCCACACACAUAGUCAUGAUUAUGAUUCGGAUGACCAAGAGUUUAUUUCUGGGAUUGACGAGCAUCUGACGCGCGCCACGGAUGAUCUCCACAAAGUCACGGAGUACCUCCUCACUAAACCCUAG